GAGUAGAACACGGUGGAAAUUCAACGAUUUUUUCGAAUCCCGGAGCUCUGAUAAAAGCCGUAAAAGACAUCUAUUCGACUGUUAUACAACGUCCCCAAUAAACACGCGUACACGCGACCAUCGCUGUGGCAGCAGCUGAUUUUUCUCUGUUUUUUUCAAUUCGAUUCGCGGCUCAGAUUUUUUCCGGAUUUCCGCGAAGUGUGCCGUGUUGUUGUGUUCGAUUUGGUGCGUGUGGUUCAAAAUCAGGGAUUAGUGGGGAGCCAGGUUAUCGCACGCCGUGCGACGAUUCUGUUGGCGAGGAUUGAAGGUAACGUACAGUUAUUGCGCCGUACGCUAAAGGAGGAGUAACCUGUGUCGCUCUUGGAAACCGAAAAGGCAACAACGAACGAGGCAAAGGAGGCUACACGAUGGCAUCAGCAUCAUCAUCAGUUAGAGCAGCCGAGCAGCAGGAGAUGAACGAACCAGCACAAGCACCGGUGACACCGGCGAGAAUGUCGCGCAAACGGCCACGUGACAGUUUGGAAGCCGCUAGUGGUGGCGGCAGCAUCGUAAGCAGCAGCAAUGGCAACGGUAAUGGGAACGCCAACCUGAGCAGUGGUCGAUUGACAAUCGAUGAAACGGUAUCGAUUACGAUCGAUCCCAACGGUGAACUCGAGGAUCGGCUGGUUACGCGGCAAUCGUCACCGCGUACUACGCCGGAUAGCAUGAACGGAAGCAGCCGCCGGUUCAGCAGCAUACGCAUCGACGACGAUGAACUAGAACACCGGCAGCAGCUGCUACCGGUGGCGCAACAUCAUGGAGAUCAGCUUUGGCCUCCGAAUAGUGAGGGUGCCAUGAAUGGGCACGUUAACUUCGAGAACGAAACUACUAGCGCUCGGCCAGGCGCGCUGACUCGUCCGGUAGCUGCAUCGAACGGUGCUGCAGGACCAUCGGCCGGCGUCGCAAUUCGUCCUCAGCACGAAGGCAGCGGAGUCGAACACAGCCCACCGGUGACCAUUUGCAAGCAGGCACCUUAUUCGACCGAACUGGAUGCGAUCCGAGAACGGGAACGAUGCGAUUACACACAGAAAAUCACUUACCAAAUGGCUCGUUCCGGCACAGCUCCACGCAUGAUUCGCGUUUACGCGGAUGGUAUCUACGAUCUGUUCCACCAAGGACAUGCCAGACAGCUAAUGCAGGCCAAGAACGUGUUUCCCAACGUGUACCUAAUUGUCGGCGUGUGCAACGACGAGCUGACCCACAGCCGCAAGGGCCGAACGGUGAUGAACGAUGAGGAGCGCUAUGAAGCCGUUCGACACUGUCGCUACGUGGAUGAGAUCGUUCGAGAUGCUCCGUGGGAGCUGGAUGAUGAGUUUAUCGAAAAGCACAAGAUCGACUUUGUGGCCCACGACGAAAUUCCCUACAGUACGGACGACUGCAACGAUGUGUAUGCGAAAAUUAAGGCCCGCGGCAUGUUCGUGGCAACGGAGCGCACCGAGGGCGUUUCCACGUCGGAUAUUGUGGCCCGCAUCGUCAAGGAUUACGAUAUCUACGUGAGGAGAAAUUUGGCCCGCGGUUACACAGCCAAGGAGCUGAACGUGUCGUUCCUUUCGGAGAAAAAGUUCCGCUUCCAAAACAAGAUGGUCGAGCUGAAGGAUAAGGUGCGCAAAGGGACCGACGACAUCAUCAGCAAGUGGGAGGAACGGUCGACCGAUCUGAUUAAAACGUUCCUACUGAUGUUCGGCAAAGAGCGAAUCUCAAUGUUUCUGUCCGACUCGAAGCAGCGGCUGAAGUCGGCCCUUAGCCCACCCGGCAGCCCGGAGCGGGGCAGCAACAGUAGCCUGCACGACGGUGCCGGUGAUGAUCUGGAUGAUGACGAGGAUCCAGAAAGUCCCGAUUCGGUUCUCGAUUCACCGCCGAGCAAACGGUCGAACGUACUGCUCCGUCGUCACGGUGCCGGUGGUAUGCACGAUGAUGACGGUGAAGAGGAUGACGAUGAUGAUGAUGACGACGAUGAAGCAUACCUCGAUUCGCGGUCCCGGCCUAACUCAAGCUACAACAUUUCCCUACUGGCUGGUGCUGCUGCGAGUGGUGCUGGUGAUGGCAGCAGGGCAGGCUCCUCGCCCGCACUCGCCGGCAGCGAUGCCAGAGCACGUGGAUACAGUAAUCGUCACUAUUAAAUAUGUUAUGACGGACUGUACUGCGUUGCGCUGACAAUGUGAAGCGGGAAUGCAUCAUCGGCGUUUUGAAGAAUUAAUUCCAAGACUCUGGGUUAAUAAGACAAACCAUCCACGUACCAACAAAACCAAACAAUCAAUCAAUCGAUCGUUCGGAAUGAAUCGCGGCCGCAGAGAAUGGAAACACACAUCACCACACAAACACACCUCACACAUUGUAUUACAUGUGUUGCUCCCCCUUCUCCGCGAGUCCGCAGCCAAAUCAGAACAUAAUGUCCGUUCGUGUUUGUUGUUGGGUCCCGUUUCGUUGAACGUUUUGAAACAAAUAUUCCUCCCAGACAAAAAAAAAAACCCAUUCGCUCGUUCUUCAAAGAAACGCAAACAUACGGAAGACAAGGAGAAGAGGACGAUAACUUGUUAUUAGAUUGAGCCAUGUGAUGCAAAGCAUGGACGAGUGCUUAAGCGCGAAAAUCAGCUCGGUCUAAAGCAUGAGAUGAAAUAAGGAAGCGAACGCAUCAGCAGCAGCAGGAAAAGCAGUAAACACGAUCAUGUCCGAUCUAGUGGUGCUCUGCUUAGGAUACCUUCGUUAAGAAAGCCAAAAUUGGAAAAGCAUAGACCUGCUUUAACUGUGCAACACAUGGCACCAGAAAAGGACGAAUAAGUACGGCAGGGGGGACAGUGGCAGGCAGGCAGGCUUUUGUGUGAGUGACAGUAUGUGGGGUUAGGCUCUAAAUUAUUAAUCGAUCCAGUAAGCGCUAUAAUAUUUAUUCCUUUUUUUUGCAUUAGUAGUUGCGUAUGCGGUGGUGCCGCAUGCCGUCGGCUUGAUCGGUGGUUAGAGCUUACUGCGGAAAUGAAACGAUUGGCUGCAGAGACACGCGAUAGUAGAAUGGUUAAGAUUUGAAUGAAACGGGGCAAAGCGUUUCGAUAUAUCCUAACUAGUUUUCUAUCUUAUUUCCAUGGUUAUUAUGCGUACUACAUUGCAAUGGUUUAUUCGAUUGUGGAAUGCGUUGGGAACCAUUCUGCUAUCCUCGAAAAAAUCCGGUAUGAUAAGCUGAGAUUCUGAAAUAAAUACGCCACGUUGAAAUAUGCGAGGUAA